GGAAGUUUUAACAUCAUGCCAUCACUAUCACGUGAGGGUCAGCUGGUAGAGCUGGUUUACUUUACCAUAAUCCCGGGUAUAAUCUCAUUGGUAACGCACGAAAACAUGAUGGCGAUCAAGCAUAUUCUCUUGGCGAUCUUCCUUACUAGCGUAGCUUACGUUCGCUGCGAUGAACUGAGAUUUCUGGUUGUGGGUGAUUGGGGCGGUAUGCCUUUGUUCCCGUAUACUACUCCUUAUGAGACAGCCGUUAGCAUUGCUAUGGGAAAAGUCGCACAGGAACUGGGAACACAGUUUACCGUCGCUCUUGGGCCCGAAUCUAUUGAAGUUGCCGAGGCACAAUGGGAUUGGUUGGAAUCUACCCUUCGUUCGUCCACAGCACAUUAUCUGAUCGUUGGAGGCCACUUCCCAGUCUGGUCUAUAGCUGAGCACGGACCAACCCAAUGUUUAGUUGAUCGACUAAGACCUUUGUUGGAGAAAUAUCACGUGACUGCUUAUAUCAGUGGACAUGAUCAUAACCUACAGCACUUGAAAGAAGCGGACUCCUCGGUCAAUUAUUUUGUAAUUGGAGCUGGCGCAAAAAUAGACAACAAUACCAGCCACAGCAACAAAGUUCCCAAAGAUAGUUCGUUGUUUUUCUGGGCUGACUCCAGCAAGGCAGGAGGAUUUGCUGUGGUGCACAUGGCGGUGGAUAGCACUACACUAGAGAUGUUGGAUUCCCAUGGAUCCUCUGUCUAUAAAGCUCAGCUCAACCCUCGUCAUUCAGGAGCUUAGUUAUUACGCUCCGCUCUGUACCCUUUGUCCUGUCAGUUCGUUUCACGCAAAUUAUUUUGUGUCUCGCAAUGUUUGUUUAAAUCAAAGCGUCGCAGUACCUUAUCUGUUUGGUUUUAUGAGUUAAAUAGGUUUUUUGUGUGUGUUGUCGUGGAAAUCUACGACUGAAUGAGGUUUUCUAGUUUAACUAUCUACAUUUCAUCUUAAUCUUUUCGAAGUAUUCCCGUCUGCACCCUUUUGACUUUUCAAUUUUAGAAAUGAAAAAUCUUUUGAUCAGUAUAAAAUUUCCCAACUUUAAUACCAAGCCUUCUCUUCUAUACGCACUCCGUUGGGCGGAAUGAAGAGAGACAUGGUAACGAGCUUAGCAACUUUUUAGUACCUUAAUCUUUUUAACAAACUACUCGGAGGUAAACCAAGGAACGGAAAUAAUUGCAUCGUCGUUUACUUUACCUAUGUCUAACCUGCAAAGCUGACUACUCUGUUAGAGGUACUCCUUUCUCUGCCUUUUUCCAUUGCCUAUCAGUAUUCUGAGUCACUGGGUCUGUUGGUCCAAAACAAUUUCUCUUACCUUUCCAUUGCACGUGUUGCAGAUGUAUUGUAAUUUUGUAGGAAUAACUCU